AUGCACUUUUCAAGAAGGUAUCGACAGCUUCAUGACACGAUUGCAAGCGAGCGGCUUUUCAUGCUCAACAAAGCUUUUGAUCGCAGUUCCAUCUUCGACACUGUCGCGAGAACACAACUUUGUCAAAGAAUGGACGAUGUUUAUGACUCUCUUGGGCUUACAGGAGGUCCAUCUGGUCCUAAGGCGAUCGCAUUCCCGAUGACAACCCUUGAAGAGGGACGGCCUGACGUAGGGCAACUACAAGUGAAGGGGCAAAACAAUAUCCGAAGCGAAACUUACAAGAAAGAGAAUCACAGUGACUCGACGAAAUAA